CUAUGAGAAAGAUAGAGAGAGAGAGUCCGUCAGAGAGAAAGACAGAUACGGAGCGAGAGACUGUGAGAGACAGAGAGAAAGCGAGAGCGAAAGAGAGAGAGAGAGUGAGAGCGAGAGGGCAUGUUGAUUGUGUGGUGUGGAGAGGUAAGGAGAGGAGAGGAGGAGGGCCAGCGGUGAGGGCAGGCAGGAAACAGUGAGACGUGUGAAAGAGGAGAAGAGAGGGAGAGAGAGAGAGAGAGAAAGAGAUAGGAGAGGAGAAGACGUGUACUACUGCUGCUGAGAGAGAGAGAGAGAGAGAGAGAGAGAGAGAGAGAGAGAGAGAGAGAGAGAGAGAGAGAGAGAGAGAGAGAGAGAUAGGAGAGGAGAAGACGUGUACUAGCCUACUGCUGCAGCUGCUGCUGCUGCUGCUCUCGUAACCUGCAAGCUGAAGAAAGAGGACAGAGAGGAAAUGACAUGACGAAGCUCUGAGCAAGCCACCGCCACAAGCCACCAUCCGCCACUGCUGCUGCUGCCGCCACUGUUGUCACUGCCUCUGACUACUGCUGCUGCUGCCGGUGUUUUAUCAACAGGACAAGGAGCAAGGAGAGACACAGCAAAAGGAGGGGACGUUGGGACACACAAGACAGAGCUGAGAGAGAGAGAGUUGAAGAGAAAGAGAGCGACACAUGAGAGUUGGGGCCCUCAACGUGAGACCGGUGGGAAUCGAACGCACUACUAGACUCUUCACCUGUUGAAUCAGCUCUUGUCUGUGGCUGCUCGGGUUAGUCUCCCUCAGUGUGUGUGUGUGUGUGUGUGUGUGUGUGUGUGUGUGUGUUUGUAUGAGUGUGUGUGUAUGAGUGUGUUUUUGGCUUGAAUUGGGGUUUUGUCAGAGGUCUGCCGGUGUGUGUGUGUGUGUGUGUGUCCUUGCUAUGUUGGCUUGUCUGGUGGGUACGUGGUGGUGUUAGGGCUGUGACAGGGUUGAGGAGAGGAGGGUAUCGUGUUCAUCAUCCACCGCACAAAGAGAGGCUGUUCUUUACAGGAAGCAACAGGACCGACCACGCGAACACUCUGCAGUGAGUGUGUGUGUGUGUUUGAGUGUGUGAGUGUGUGAGUGACUGUGUGUGUGUUUGUGAGUGUGCAUUCACCUGUUUUUGGUUGUGGUUGUUGGUGAAGUGGAUCAGCCAAAUUGGAACGGUUAACGUUUUGGCAGUGUGUGAGUGUGAGUGUAUGAGUGUGUCUAGUUGGUGUGUGAGUGACUGUGUGUGUGUGUGUGUGUGUGUGUGUGUGUGUGUGUGUGUGUGUGUGUGUGUGUGUGUGUGUGUGUGAUGUGCGUUCCCCUGUUUUUGAUUGUGGUUGUUUCUUGGUGAUGGUGUGGAUAUCAGCCAAAUUGGAAGGUGUGUAAGGCUUGUCUUUUGUGUUCUGGCUUACGUCUUGAGUUUGGCGUACACAGAUACAGCUCACUGCUCUUCAAGCUCACUUGAAGAGGCAAUGGGCCCUGAACAAGUCAACUGAGUACACAGUAAAUUCUGCAGUGUUCAUGUAACACUUAGAGAGUUGAUUUGACAUCAUUUGGACAUAAAUUAACUCUGUAAGUGUUGAAUUAACACCACAAAAUUGACUGUGUAGACAGUCAGAUGGACAGAGAGACAGGUAGAGAGACAUAGAGAAAGACAGUCAGACUGAGAGACAGACAGGUAUAGGCAGGCAAGAAGACACUGCCAGGGAAACAGGGAAACAGGUAGACAUUGUGAUCUCGGAGAAAGAUUGAAUAGAAAGACACUCAACUCAACAGGCAACCCGCCAUUCCUGUUGUGACAAGAGAGAGAGACUGUUGAAGGGAUAAACACGUGGCCGAUCAACCAAUCAGCCAACCGGCCAUUCAAACAACCAGCCAAUCAGAGAGUCAGACAGAAGACACACAUACUGGUGGGCCAACAAACCAGUCAGAUUGAUUCUCAGACACACAGACUGUGCUGCAUAUCUGUAAGCAGAGGACCAGCAAGCCAGCCAGACUCCUCACAGACAGACAGACACUCAAACUGUCUGUCCAUCCCUGUAAGUGGACAAUAGACCAACAAGUCAACCAGACUGACAGACACGCAGACACACAGAUCUGUCUGUGCAUCCUUGUAAGGUGUGUCGGUGUGACCACACAGACAAAUAGGUCAACACAUAGACAGGGUUGUCUCAGCUGUCUGUCCACCUCUGUAUUGCGGGGUGACCAGACAGACACAGACAGAAAGACAGACAGACAGACGGGACAUUUGUAGUCUGUCCACCCUUGUAAGCGGACGGUAAGCGGACGGUAAGCGGACGUCGAACCAUUAGUAAACACACCGACAGACAGGACAGGUCUUGUCUCUGUCCAUCCCUAUUGCGGCGUGACCAACCAGACAGACAGAUAACCACACACAGAGAGACAGGAAGAAUCUUGUCUGUCCAUUCCUGGUGUGACCAUGCAGGAGCAACAGCAUCAGGCCACCGCCACCGCCACCACUGCUCCGGAGACGUCGGACGACACAUUCGACUUCCUCUUCAAGAUCAUUCUGAUCGGCGACUCCAACGUGGGCAAGACCAGCGUGGUGCAAAGCUUCAAGAGUGGCCUUUUCACCGAGAGGCAACACAACACCAUCGGAGUGGACUUCACCGUGCGCACGCUCAACAUACAGGGCAAGAGAGUCAAGAUGCAGGUUUGGGACACGGCGGGUCAGGAGAGAUUCCGCACCAUCACCCAGAGCUACUACCGGAGUGCCCACGCCGCCCUCAUCGCCUAUGACAUCACACGCCGCGCCACGUUCCACUCCGUCACACACUGGCUACGCGAGGUGCAGAACUUUGGAGCCACAAACGUACUGCUCACACUUAUAGGUAACAAGUGUGACCUUGAAGACCAGCGUCAGGUGCGUUUUGAGGAGGCCUGCUCCCUAGCUGAGGAAAACGGAAUGGUGGCGGCGUUGGAGACGUCGGCCAAAGAGGCGCGCAACGUUGAGCAGGUCUUCACGCUGAUCGCAGAGACCCUAUUGGCUACUAACGGGAUGCCCCUCACCUCCUCCGGUCACCCUAGCAACUUGCUCCUGCGCAGCAACAGCCGACCAAUCAGCAGCCCCGCCUCCACGACGCAGGACACGUCGAAAAGCUGCUGCUGAGUUUUCUUUCUUUUUUUUUAUUCUUCUUCUUUUUUUUUAACUUUUAAUAUUUUUGGGGGCUUUUUAGCCUUUAUUUAGAUGGGACAGUUGGAGUGACGUCAGGAAGUAAAUGAGAGAGAUGCGGGAGGAGGGCCAGGAAAUGACCCAGGCUGGACUCGAACCCAAGUCACCGGCACAUGGCACGGUGUGUUAACGCUCUGCGCCACAGCACUCCCCUGAGUUUUCAAUCGUCUGAACACACCCCCGCACUCACAAAAACAAACACACACACACACAGACAUACAGACACACACACACACACACACACACACACACACACACACACACACACACACACACACACACACACACACACACACACACACACACACACACACACACACACACACACACACACACACACACAGAAACACGUCUGUCAGCUGAAUUGCAUUUUUUUUGUCUCAUUUUGUUCCUAUUCACUUUACACUGGAAGAGCUGUGACUCUGCGUUACUAUUGAAUGCCACACGUCCACCCAAAAAACUGCUGCUGAGUUCCCAGUUCCCAAAGCCUUCAGUCAUACACAUGCGUCCGUUGACUGUGUUGCGAUGGAUUUCCCCAUUCACUUUACAAUGGAAGAGCUUUUGUAGUCCCGCAGAAUAUUUUAACUGUGCAUGCACAGGGCCGCUGACAGCUUUGGCUGGGCCCGGGGCAAAGACAUAUCAAAGGGUCCCAAACCCAAUACAUACUACGAGGAUCCAAUUUUGGGCCCCUGCCAUCUCUCCCUUGGCCUGGGACAAGAGAACCCUUUGUCCCCCCCUGUCAGCCUCCAUGUGUGCAUACUCGGUGUUGAAUGCCACACCGCCGUCGAAAAAUGUCCAUCUUUUGACAGACUGCGAUGCCUGCGGUUCGUUUAAUGCUCUGCGUGAGCUGUGAGGAUUCCACGUCGACCAAACGCACAUACCACAGGACUUUAUUUGGCACUCAUACUGUGUAGGGCUGGACUGGGAGCAAAAUACGACCCGGGCAAUUUUUUUUAUCUGCUUUUUUACGUUAUUAUUUCUAUUACCUUUUCUACGAUAUUAUGGCUCAGUCCAAAACUGGAGCAAUGGGCUGCUCCUUCUAAAUGGCGGGCCAGUCUCUAAGGGAACAACAACAGCAUCUGCCCGUGAGGACUGUCGGCCCAACGGAAAAAUGUCCUAUAUGCCAGAUCACCAGUCCAGCUCUGCAUAAGUGUAAGAUCUCAGAGUACCUGGGACAUUUCCUAUUCACCUUGACGCCUG